GGACCCCCUUCCAGACUGCGGGGCUCCCGCUCCGGGACAAGGCGGCGGGCGCUGGAGGCUGCCGCAGCCUGCGUGGGUACACGGGAGCUCAACUCGGGGGAGCAGGCGACCAGCACCAGCUGGAUGGACCUGGAAGCCUCGCUGUUGCCCCCCAGCCCCAAUGCCAGCAACACCUCUGAUGGCCCGGAGAACCUCACUUCGGGCGGAGAGGCCGCAGGAGGGAGGACUUCACAGAGCCGUGAGGGGAUUAACUUUUCUGGUGAAUUAAGCUUUCUGACAUUUCCAAAGCUGCGAUGCCCUGGAAUUCUAGAUUUGAAGGAGAAGAGAAGGAAGGAAAAGAGGAAAGGGUCACCUCCUCGCACAGGGAGUGUCUCCUACAUCAACAUCAUCAUGCCUUCAGUGUUCGGCACCAUCUGCCUCCUGGGCAUUGUCGGGAACUCCACGGUCAUCUUUGCGGUCGUGAAGAAGUCCAAGCUGCACUGGUGCAGCAACGUCCCCGACAUCUUCAUCAUCAACCUCUCAGUGGUGGACCUCCUCUUCCUCCUGGGCAUGCCCUUCAUGAUCCACCAGCUCAUGGGCAAUGGUGUCUGGCACUUUGGGGAGACCAUGUGCACCCUCAUCACAGCCAUGGAUGCCAACAGUCAGUUCACCAGUACCUACAUCCUGACUGCCAUGGCCAUUGACCGCUACCUGGCCACCGUCCACCCCAUCUCUUCUACCAAAUUCAGGAAGCCCUCUGUGGCCACACUGGUGAUCUGCCUCCUGUGGGCCCUGUCCUUCAUCAGCAUCACCCCCGUGUGGCUCUAUGCCAGGCUCAUCCCCUUCCCAGGGGGUGCAGUGGGCUGUGGCAUCCGCCUGCCCAACCCAGACACCGACCUCUACUGGUUCACUCUGUACCAAUUUUUCCUGGCCUUUGCCCUGCCCUUUGUGGUCAUCACAGCCGCGUAUGUGAGGAUCCUACAGCGCAUGACGACCUCGGUGGCCCCCGCUUCUCAACGCAGCAUCCGGCUGCGGACAAAGAGGGUGACCCGCACAGCCAUCGCCAUCUGCCUGGUCUUCUUUGUGUGCUGGGCGCCCUACUAUGUGCUGCAACUAACCCAGUUGUCCCUCAGCCGCCCGACCCUCACCUUCGUUUACCUGUACAACGCGGCCAUCAGCUUGGGCUACGCCAACAGCUGCCUCAACCCCUUUGUGUACAUCGUGCUCUGCGAGACCUUCCGCAAGCGCUUGGUCCUGUCAGUGAAGCCAGUGGCCCAGGGGCAGCUCCGCACCGUCAGCCACGCCCAGACGGCUCAUGAGGAGAGGACAGAGAGCAAAGGCACCUGACAUUUUCCCAGCUGCCCUGGACACCUUUAAGUCAGGACACCACCACAAACCAUGGGGAGAGGUGCUAAGAAAAACCCAAGACCACCCUGGGAGAACGCAGGGAGGCUGGGUGGCGAGGGGUUGUUGCAGCUAAAUACAUUCAACAUAAAUGUGGCCCACAAGUUAGUGGGGAGGCUUGGAGCCAGGUUUGGGGGCUCAGACAUCAGACAUCCCCUUAGGGGAGCAGGAUGAGACCUUUGGGUGGAACAGAAACUGAGAGAAAAGAAAAUUUGGGUUUGAAUGUUCAGUUGAGCUCUAUAUCAGUCAGCUCCUAAAUAUCUUUUUCCCAUGGGAAGAGGUGGACGGCUCCUGGCUGGGCUUAUUUACAAUCGGG